CGCCAGGUCGCAGCGGCGCAGCCUAUCCUGCGCCUUGCCGGUUUCAACUCCAGCUCCAGGCGCUCAGUCAGUGUCUCCCGUCGGUGCUGUACGCAUCUUAAGUUUCAACAGCCGGCCUUGGCCCAGACAACAGUGGUUUGCGUACUCGAGAAGAGACCUUACUCGAAGUGACCUGUGACAAUUGUGAAUUUUGGAUUAAUUUAUGGAUACUGUUGAUAAGGUUCUUAGUCGUCCUGGAUGAGUGCGAUCUGUGUUGAGAUAUUUCGCAGGAAAUAUUGGAAAUAAGAAAAUUCGGAUGUCAAAGUGAGGUAUGGAGACUGGCGAGGAGAGCCCGGUCCCGGGCUACCUUCUCCUCAGGGUCCACGUCCCAGAACUGAACGUUCACAAGUGCCUACAAUUCCCUUCGCACCAGUUGGUCUGGGAGGUGAAACAGCAGUGCCUCGCCGCUUUGCCCAAGGAAUUAAAAGAGAGCUUCAACUAUGGUUUGUUUUCACCGCCUGUCAAUGGAAAAGCCGGCAAGUUCUUGGAUGAGGAAAGAAGAUUGGGAGAUUAUCCCUUCAACGGGCCUGUCGGCUAUUUGGAGCUCAAGUACAAACGGCGGGUCUACAAGCAGCUCGUGCUGGACGAGAAGCAGCUCAAAGCCCUCCACACCAGGACCAACCUGAGAAGGUUUUUGGACUAUGUCUCCAACGCCCAAGUAGAGAAAAUCACCAAAAUGUGUUCCAAAGGAUUAGACCCGAAUUUCCAUUGUCCGGAUACUGGAGAAACACCUCUGAGCAUGGCGGCAGCGAUCAAGAAACCAGCUAAGAUCCUCAUGGCUCUUGUGAACGGCGGUGCCCUACUUGACUACAGGACGAAAGAAGGCUGUACCGCAUUACACAAAGCUGUCCAGGCAAACAGCUUAGAAGCCGUAAGCACCCUCUUGGAGCUGGGUUCGUCUCCUAAUUACAAAGACGCCAAGGGUCUCACUCCUCUUUACUGGGCGGUGACGCAGCCGACAGACCCGCUGCUCUGCGAAGGCCUUCUUCACGACCGAGCGACCAUCGGAGCACAAGAUCUACAGGGCUGGCAGGAAGUCCACCAGGCUUGCCGAAUUGGACUUGUACAACAUCUUGAACAACUCCUGUUCUACGGGGCUGACAUGAACGCGAGGAACGCCUCCGGCAACACACCGCUUCACGUCUGCGCCGUCAACUCUCAAGAUUCUUGCGCGCGACUUCUUCUUUUUAGAGGAUGCCAAAGAGAAGCGCUUAAUUACGCCAAUCAGACUCCGUACCAGGUAGCAGUCAUAGCGGGCAACCUCGAGCUGGCCGACGUCAUCCAAAACCAUAGGCCAGAGAAUGUCGUAACGUUCCGCGAAGCUCCUCGGUACAACCCAAGACGAAGGUCACAACUCAUCACUGCCCCGCCUGCCCUCCUUUCCCCAGUCCUAUCGCCUCCUUCGCCCUCCCCGUCUGACAGGUCCCUCGCACCGUUCAGCUCAGCCUCGUCGAGCCUCAGUGACGGGUCGUCAGCUAGCAACAAGAUCAUUGAAGACACUGCAAGUUAUGUUACAGAUAAGAGCCUCGGAGAUACUAGUGACAUAAUAAGUGAUAGUUCUGGCGUUGGGACUGCGAAUAGCGAUACGAACACAUCUGUUCUAUUACCUGGAACCAUGGCUGUUUGUAUAGAAAACUAUAGCUCUACGCAACCUGGAUACCUGAGAAUUUCACAGGGCGAUUUGAUCGAAGUCACAGGUGCGACAGAUUCUGGUUUCUUAGAAGGCACAUUGAGAGGCGAGGCUGGAUUAUUUCCAGCUCACUGCGUACAAGAAGCACCGCCUCCAGAGCUAGGCCGAUCGACGACGAGAAGAAGACCUUCGACUAGGAUAGCUGGAAGGCGAGAGCCUAGCCCGGCACAGCAGCCUCCUAUGGCAAUGAAACAUUUUGCGACUGCGCCUAGAAAUAAAAAACAGUUACCAGCAGAACCAAGGACUGUUGUCCUUCAUAGAGGCAGGAGGGGAUUCGGUUUUGUACUGCGAGGCGCUAAAGCUACAUCACCGUUGAUGGAGUUGACACCUUUAAACAGGUUUCCCGCUUUGCAGUAUCUGGAUGAUGUCGAUGAAGGUGGUGUUGCGGACAUGGCCGGGCUUAAGAAAGGAGAUUACCUAUUAGCUAUAAACGGAGAGAAUGUGACAGCAGCUUCGCAUGAACAUGUUGUUGAUCUCAUAAGACGGUCUGGUGAAUUGGUUUCUAUGACUGUCGUUUCACUAUCACCAUCCCUCCAGGGGCAACAUCAAGAAAACAACCCUAGGCAUUAUUCGACGCUACCGAGAAAGCUUACUGGAACCGCUACAGUUGGGAGAUCUCCCGCUCCGCUUCCACCAAGGAGAGACCCUAAAACUACGCUCAGUGUGGGCCGGGCUCGGGCUAGAUCCAUGGUUGUUGGCGUUGGAGAUGGAGAAGAUGAUACAGGGACCGCAAAAAGUUCUAGUGCAGAGAGUAUACAUCAGACUGUAAAUCCGAUGCAGCCUAGGACAGCGAGUAUAAGAGCGCGGCCAACAUCGAGUAGAAUAACAGCAGCCGAACUGGAAGAACUGUUUCAACGUCAGAAUGGAAACUCUUCUUCAAUGGCCACGAGUAAUUUCCAGGGAAAUAUGUCUCAACCGUCUUCUCCAGCUAGAACACCCAGAGUUUAUGCCAGUGUGGCCGAAAUGAAAAGGAGUAAAGGAAAGCAGACUGGAGGCAGAGUAAGGUUCAGCACUGCAGGCGUUGUGAUACCAGGAUCUCCAGUCGUAGGAGAGCUUCACAGGGACUUCCAUUCUACCCCAGAUCUUGCGUUGGCUUCUAGGAAUUCAAUUGGUACAGUUGGAAGGACCCACAGGAGUCAGGAAGAAUUGAGGCCUCCUCUUCCGCCCCCGACACACCCUCCUCCUCCUCCACCCAGCGGUCCACAAAUUGUCAAAGUUGAACUCAACCCAGACUCAAACUAUGGAAGUGUAGCAGCCAAAGAUACCACUAAUGGUGAAACCGAUGGCAUCAUGUCAAGCUUCAAACCUGCGAGUAAUGCAAAAUUGUAUGCCUCACCUGUCGAUGUAAAGACAGUCGGUUUCAGAUCAAGAUCUCUCCCAGGUCAUGGGGCAAGGCCACAGAUAAGAAAAUCUCAAAGUUUAAGAUCUCCUUCUACGUUCAAUGGUUCGCAAGGCUCACCACCUGUAAACCAAACUCAGACAACGACUAACCCUUAUGCUCAGCCAUUUCGCAAUGGCCGUCCAAAAUCAGCUUCGAUUCCACCCAUCCCAGAUCCCGAUUACAGUUUAAGCGAGGGGGAAAGCGACACCGAGAGGGAAAAGACAGUCAUAAGAGUCAAUACGAACACAGAAGGCAGUGGUAAUUCAAGCACGAGCUCCGGCAGUUUACCUCACAGUUUCAGUGUCGACGAAAUACAGAAAGUCCGUACACAGCUUAAAAGUUCAAAAUCGUACCCGAACGAUUUUCUCCUUCAAGGGACCGAAGACGGAGACAAUUCCUCGAGCGGAGUCUCUUCAGACCAGGAAAUCCCUGGGAACCCGCCGCAUUUCGAUGCGAAGGAAACCGUGCCUUCAGGAGGAGUCGCUACAUUGCCGAGAUCUUCACAACAGAGAGCCAACCUCACGAGAAACGCAGUGUCCUUAGCACAACUCCCUCCUCCCAUCGAGUCGGAUUCGGAUGAGAAAGAAGAGACUGUAGUCCCUCCUCCUCCUGAAUUUAUGGAGGCAAACAGUCCUGGGAUGGCUGAAGAAGUAUUGGCUCCUCCUCCUCAAUUCUCCGAUUUAAAGCUUGUCAGUCGUGUCCGAAUUGUCGGAGCCGUACCUAAAGGUAAUGGACGACUCCAUAGUCAAUAAACGGCCUCCUCGCACUUCAUUAUUAGAAGUGAUUAUGUAGCGAGCUGUUAUUUUUAAUUUUUUUUUCAGUCUAUGCUCACAAAAUAAAUAUGCCGUCAAUUGAAAUUAAUUAGUAACAACAUAAGCCUUAUUAAAAAAAAAAAAAAAAAAAUCAGAAAUUUAAGGCUCUUCAUUAUUUGGAGGUAUAUAAUUACCUUGUUUGUACAAUAUUUUAACAUUAAUUUCUUGAGAGAAAAAAAGUAUUAUAAAUAUAAAAAAAGACACUAUUUGUUUUUUUUUAAAUUGUAUAUUUCUGUUUAUAAUAUUUUUAAUCUAUGUUGUGUAAAACAUUCCCAACAACUUCUUUUCUUAAGGACACAAAACAUUUCUCCAAAUAAGAAAGUAGGGAAAUAAUAUUUCUAUCCUAGGCAAAAAUAAUAGUUUUUAUACUUGAAAACACUGCAUGGAUUUUGUAGGUAUAUAAUGUAAGACUGUACAGUGUAUCGUGUGCCAAUAUUUAAAUAUUUAAGUCCUCAUUGGUCCUGUUUACUUCGGUGGUGUUGUGUAAAUAUUGAAAGUAUUGUUUAAAAAAAAAAAAAAAA